AUGCGCGUUUUCUGUGCUCUAGCUGGCUUGAUCGCCCUCGCUCAGACACUCUGUGUUCAUGCUGCUGCAACUCCCGCCAAGAGGGCGACGGUCUGUAACGGCCAUGCAGAGCUUUGCGAUCGCAGUUACGGGAAUAUCACCUUCAUCGGUGCGCACGACUCGUACGCAACCAGCUCGGACCCGCUGGCACUGGCAAGAGAUCAGGAAGUCUCUAUUUCCAGUCAGCUGGGUCUCGGUGUGCGAAUGCUUCAGGCACAGUCACAUAUGGAGAAUGGGGUGCUUCAUUUCUGCCAUACCAGCUGUGCACUCUUCGAUGGAGGCACAGUCGCUUCCUAUCUCGCAACCGUCGCCUCAUUUCUCUCUGCCAACCCGACCGAAGUUCUUACCCUCCUUUUGACGAACCCCGAAUCGGUAUCGCUCACGGACGUCUGGGCUCCUCUUUUUGAAGCCGCUGGCCUAUCUUCCCAAGCAUACGUCCCCUCUACAACACCGUUAGCGCAAGCAGAUUGGCCGACACUGGGAGAGCUAAUCGAUGCUGGGACGAGGUUGGUCGUGUUCAUGGAUUACGGCGCUGAGACAGGUGGUGUGGAUUAUAUCUUACCAGAGUUUGAGAUGAUCUGGGAACCACCUUACGAUUCGACGGACAACACUUUCCCGUGCUCUGUGGACCGCACAGAAGGACCUCUGGCCACAACGGACCAUAUGUACCUUCUGAACCACUUCCUCGACAUCAACGUACUGGGAACUGGGAUCUUGAUUUCUGACCCCGAAGCUGCGGGGACAACGAACGGUGUAAAUUCGAUCAUAGCGAACGCUAACGGCUGCUCGUCGCUUGGAGGCGGGAGAUGGCCCAGCUUUGUGUUAUUGGACUUUGUGAACCUCGGAGAUGCGUUCAGCGCUGCCGAUGUGAUGAACGGAAUUGCAUGA